AUGCCUCUGCAACCGCUCUGGUCGCUUCUCUCCCGCUUCCACUCGAGAGUGCUCGAGUUCGACAAGCAUCUCAACGAGGAGCAGCAAGAGCUCUUCAGAGAGUGUCUCGACGACGAGAUCGCGGAGCCACAAGUCUCGGAUGGCAACGAAGCAGAGCGCGAGGUGGCCCAGGGCUCUGCCAGGCACGCGCUUCUCGAAGCCUGGCAGGGCGACGCAGCGCGCCUGGCGGAGAGAGCCUGUCUCGACGCCCUCUUCGCUCAGAUCGUAGAGCACAUGAAGAAGGAUGAGCCGUCCUCUUCGCUGCAACGCAACGGCGUCCAGGCUCUCGUCGAGCGCUUGCUGAUCAAGGCAAAGGAUCCCCCGGACGAAGCUUCGGACCCGGACGACAUUCCGCACAACUUCAGUCACUUCGUGGCGGAGUCCCUCGACGGUCCCACCUACGCCGAGAUCAACCAGCUGAUGCGCAUGAUCGACGAGACGCGCAUGACCCUCGAGUACCUCGAGGAGCAUCUGGAGGUCAUCACGGGAGGCUGCAUUCCUGAGUGCUGCAUUACCUACGCCAGACGCAGAAUGAGAGGACGCUGA